GUCUUCUGCAACCUCAGGCAUUGGCUUAAGGAAAGGGCUUAAUGUCUUGUUUACACCUCCAUCAGUGCCUGCUUACUCUUAAAUCAGCUUUGAAUCAAACACCCAAAGCACCGAGUACAGGAGCAGUAAAAUAAUGUUAAAGGAGAUGUACGAUAUAUGGUAACCAAAGCAAAUAAAAAAAGACAGAUGGAGCGAGCAAUAAAGUGUAGUUAGUCGAAGCCGAUUGUCAUUGAUAAUGUCCAUGGUUGAAUUUGGAUCAAUUAGGGUCUGGCAGAUGUGCGGAAUCAUGGUUGACCCCGGGGCUUAAAGAAUACAAUUCAAUUUUCCCCAAUAAAUGUAAUGCCAUUAGGCCAGAUAAAAACAGAACCGGCAAGGGAGGAGUCUCUUAAAAACCGGAGAGGUUGAUGAGACGGAGACUCUGAGCAGUUGUUUCGAAGAACGAGACAAAAGACCCACAAGGGCCCGCUAACGGAAGAAAGCUAAAGACUGGGAAAUUGGCGAUUCUCAAAAGCAAGUUUUCAGAAAACAAGAGCCUAAGAGGAUAGAAAACACAGGAAGAAAAGAAUGAACAGCUCCUACCUGACCGCUGAGAGGGAGUCUACCAGGGCCUGAGAGCAAAGAAGACAAACCAAGUGAGGGUUUGGAGAAUUUGUAGCUUCACCGGAUUAAAAAAAAAAAGUUACCCCCUCAACAUUUUGGACUAAACUUCAACAACUCAACUUUGGGCUUUUAACUUUGUCUAAAGAGACUGAGGAAAAAGAGAAAACCAGAGAGAACAACUGAUCCAUCACGAUGAGGAUCCUCAACAAACACCUGCGCCUUCAGGACAUCACCAUCAUGUACUUCACCGCCCUGGCUGCUCUGAUGGUCAUCCUGGUGGCUUCCUAUCAGGCGCCCAACAACGCCGUCGAAGUGUCCAGCCUCAAACCGAACCUCUCCAACGCCCUGCCACCUCUCCCUAUGCCUUUCCGGGUCCCUCUUGACCCCCGAGGGCAGCUCCAGCUGGCCUGGAACAUCAGCUACGCCAACCAGGAGAUCUACAUGGAGCUGAAGGUGGCAGAUCUGAGGCACGGCGUCGUCCUGGGGAUGUCAGACCGCGGCGAGUUCACCAACGCUGACCUGGUGGUGCUGUGGGACUCGGGAAACAAGAGCUACUUUGGGGAUGCGUGGAGCGACAGCGAGGGACGCAUAUCUCUGGAUAGCCAACAGGACUACGAGCUGAUUGAAGCCAAACAGACAGCUAAAGGAUUCUACCUGCUCUUCAAAAGACCGUUCAGUACCUGCGAUCCCAGAGACUACCUCAUAGAGGAGGGAACUGUGCACAUCAUCUACGGGCUCCUGGAUCAGCCUCUUACCUCCCUGGAGCAGCUGAAUCUGUCCCGGAUCCACACGGGGGUGCAGAGGGUCCUGAUGCUCCGUCCCGACACGCCGCCGCCCACGCUGCCUCCAGAUGUGCAGACGCUGGAUGUCGUGGCACCGAAUGUCAUCAUACCGAGUCAAGAGACCACCUACUGGUGCUUCAUCCACAGGCUGCCUGAAAAUAUGCCCAAGAACCACAUUGUCAUGUAUGAGUCAGUGAUUACUUCAGGUAACGAGGCCAUCGUGCACCACAUCGAAGUAUUCGAAUGUUCUCCAGACGUCCGUGAGGUUCCAGACUACAGCGGUUCGUGUGACGACAAGAUGAAGCCUGGAAAACUGAACUUCUGCCGCCACGUUCUGGCCGCGUGGGCGAUGGGAGCUGAGGCGUUUUACUACCCUCCUGAUGCAGGGCUGCCUAUGGGUGGACCAGGUUCGUCCAGGUACCUUCGUCUGGAGGUCCACUACCACAACCCUCUCAUUAUAUCUGGUCGGAGUGACUCAUCAGGGAUACGACUGCAUUACACCCCCAGUCUGAGGCGUUACGAUGCAGGGAUCAUGGAGCUGGGCCUCGUUUAUACUCCCAUCAUGGCUGUUCCACCCAAGCAACACACGUUCUACCUCAGUGGAUACUGCACGUCCAAGUGUACUCAGACUGCUUUGCCUCCAGGAGGGAUCCAUAUAUUUGCGUCCCAGCUGCACACCCACCUGGCAGGUCGAGGGGUGAGGACGGUUUUGGUGAGGGGAGGCAAAGAGCUGGAGAUUGUUCAGGAAGAUCAGCACUUCAGUACACACUACCAGACAAUCCGAGUUCUGAGGAAAAUUGUGAAUGUUUUAGCUGGUGACGUCCUCAUAACAAAGUGCACUUAUAAUACAGAAGAUAGGAGCCAGCCUACAGUGGGAGGUUUUGGCAUCAUGGAGGAAAUGUGUGUUAACUACAUCCACUACUACCCUCGCACUCAGCUGGAGCUGUGCAAGAGCCACGUUGACCCGAGAUACCUGCAGAAAUACUUUAACUUCAUUAACAGGUUCCAUGGAAAUGACCAGUGUGUGUGCGGCGAGGUGAGCGUGACGGAGCAGUAUUCUCAGCUACAGUGGGAUGCAUUCAGCGGAGAUGUGCUGGACUCUCUUUACAACACAGCUCCCAUCUCCAUGCACUGCAAUCAGUCCAGCGCACGCCUCUUUCCUGGAGACUGGGAGAAACAGCCGCUACCAGUGGUGACCUCCAUCCUCGAGAAACCUCGCUACCCCUGUGAAGGAGCUCCUCUUCCCACCAGCUGACCUUCCACAGCCCCAGAGUGAGCAGGAACCUCGAGGGAUGUUUGAGGCUGAAGAGAGAGAAGCUACACGUGGAAAGUUAGAGAAGCUCCUGAAUUUUUACCUCUAGUUAGAUGCUGUAAAUAUAUGCUUAUAUACACAGCUGCUGUCCGUGGUCUUGUUAGAUAGAUACAUAGUGCACACAUAACAGUGACACUUGUUUAUGUUUCAAAUGAAUGGAGAUGGACACUAUUUCUGAAAGUAGGAUGUAGGACUGGCUAGCAUUAAACAAAAAUAUGUGCAACUAAUAAAUUCUCUUAGCCAUUAGCUUCUGCAUACCUACUAGUUUCUAUCAUUUUUCUCCCCAUGUUUCUGUUGAUUUAAAACCAUCAUUACAACAUGAAACAGUUUGCAAUUUGUUAAAUAAUUUCUUUCUGGAAUAAACAAUACAUAACUAAUGACUCUAGUGGUAUUCAAAGGCAAAAAAGAAGGGAAAAUACAUGAUUUUUUUAUUCAUUUUAUAACAGUAACUUUCACUCUGUCCUUUGCUACAUGUCCCUCUGCUACCUUGCAUAGCUGCUGAAUAAGAAAUAUCACAAAAAUGUUUAAGGGUAAAGAGAAAUUUAUUAAUACACAAAUUCCUUUGCACAGAAUAAAUGAGUCUGGAUUAAUCCUUACUCUUUGAUCAUCACAGCCUUCAGAUUUUCUCCUAAAGCAACAACAAUAAAUGCAUAAUCCAAACAAUCAGCAAUUUUUUCAAUGUUUUUGUGCUUAAGAAUCGUUGGCGAGCAAUAUUCAUGUCACACUAUGGAAGGAACUGAAAUUAUAUAAAUCACACCAGAGGGAAAAAAAACCUCUGGGCACAUUGUAGAAGUAGUGUUUUAUCAAUGUGUUUCACAUUUUCCAUAUAAAUCUUGUUAUUAA